AUCAAUCGGCUGCUUCUGGAAGAUGACAGUGCAUUGGACAGUAAUAAUACCGAGUACCAAUCACUCAUUAAGGAGUUUCGUGCUUUCCUAAGUGACUGCAAGGAUGUAUUGGAUGAAGCAACCACAAUGAAGCUACUGGAAAGCUACGGUAGGGUUGACGAAUUAGUGUUCUUUGCUAGUCUAAAGGAGCAAUACGAAAUUGUGCUUCACCACUACAUUCAGCAAGGAGAAGCGAAGAAGGCGUUACAGGUUCUUCAGAAGCCUAAUGUUUCAAUGGAACUUCAGUACAAGUUUGCGCCAGACCUCAUCAUGCUUGAUGCAUAUGAAACUGUUGAGUCAUGGAUGACCACUAAAAGUUUGAACCCGAGAAAGCUCAUUCCUGCAAUGAUGCGUUAUUCAAGUGAACCACAUGCAAAGUAAUGUGCAUCUCUACCUCACAUCGAGCUCUGUG